UCGGAUUCAUCCAGGUUUGAUGUCACAUUUGCAUCGUACGAGAUUCGGAGAAGUGACUUUCUAGAUGAAUCUAGUGGUCUGAGCCGAUGACAGACCCUCCAAUUGGUCAAUGCCAAGCAACAUCAAGUGUUCCACACAAGAAGCCAAGGGCCCUUGGAGUCAGAGAGUGGUGGGUGGGCGUUCAAAACGCGCUUACGAAUCACACAAUUUACCCACAAAUCAAGAACAAAAAGUCAAACAAUUGGAAAAGUGAUUAAUGCUUACAGGAGCAGCUGAAGUCAAAAGAUUGGUCGAUUAUUAAGGUUGCAAUCUUAAUUAAGACAAUUGAAUUACAUGUCAAAAGGCUGACGCAAAGAGAAAAGUGCCAAAUGUACCAAAGACAGACCACCACCCAAAGAAAAAAGUGAAAAACCACUCGACCCUUUACAUACCUGUCUUUGUUUUCUCUCUCUGCAUUGUUAUAUCUGUAUACUUUCUCUCUCGGACUAGACUGUGGGCGUUCUGACAGGAUCAAAGGUGGGGUACUUUGGAGGAGGGAUAGACAGUAGACAGAUAUGGCUAAUGAUGCAGCAGCUUGUGCUGAGAGGGCCACAAGUGAUAUGCUGAAUGCUCCAGAUUGGGAAAUAAACAUCCAGCUAUGCGAUAUAAUCAACAUGAAUCCUGGGCAAGCAAAGGAUGCCCUGAAGAUACUCAAGAAGCGUCUUGGGAGUAAAAAUCCUAAAAUACAGCUCCUUGCUCUCUUUGUGUUGGAGACUCUUAGCAAAAAUUGUGGGGAGAAUGUGUUUCAGCAGUUUGUCGAGCGGGACAUCCUACAUGAAAUGGUCAAAAUUGUGAAGAAGAAGCCAGAUUUGAAUAUAAGGGAGAAGAUUUUAAUUUUGAUAGAUACAUGGCAAGAAGCCUUGGGAGGACCCAGGGCAAGGUAUCCGCAGUACUAUGCUGCAUAUAAUGAGCUGAAGUCUGCCAGAGUGGAAUUUCCACCACGUGAAGAAAACAGUGUACCAUUGUUUACUCCGCCACAAACCCAUCCUUUAGUUCACCCUCCUUCAGUGUACGAGGAAGCUGCUGUUCAGGCCUCUCUUGAAUCUGAUGCUUCUGGGCUCAGCUUGCUAGAGAUUCAAAAUGCUCAGGGACUAGCCGACGUGUUAUUGGAAAUGCUUGGUGCCUUGGGUCCUCAGAAUCGUGAGGGUGUAAAGCAAGAGGUGAUAGUUGACCUUGUUGACCAAUGCCGUUCUUACCAAAAGCGUGUCAUGGUUCUUGUGAACAAUACUGUAGAUGAGGAGCUCCUGCUUAAGGGACUGGCGUUGAAUGAUAGCCUGCAGUGUGCUGUUAGCUGGCAUGAUGAGAUUGCGUAUGGAACUCCUUCUGUUGGAGUAAGACUAAUGGAAACUCCAGUUGCACCUCUUAUGAAUGUGAAUCACGAGGAUGAUGAGUCAGAAGAUGAUUAUGCCCAGUUAGCGCAUAGGUGA